AUGAGUUACUCCGACUCUCACUUGCCCAACUGGGGCCAUUUGCCUGUGGAGCAGUACAUGAUUGUGAGUGCCGAACAUAUGAAUACGGAUACGAACUAUAGGCUAACCAACCCGCAGCGCAACUGGGACUACGGUUGCCCUCAACCCGCUAGCAUCCAACGCAUGCAGCUCAUUGCAGAAUUCAUGAGUGUGCCAAUUAUACCUCGGGCCUGGUAUCACCCGCAGGAGAUUAUCACUCCCACCGAGGCCCAAGUCAACUUGAUUCUCCGACCCUGGAGAGGUCCCCACAUUCGUCAGCUUGCCUGGUGCCUGUGGACCGAAUCGACCUUUUGGCCUACUCUCAUGCGCACUCAUUAUGACUCUUCGCAGCCUGGCGAUGACGUGAUGAUGGAUGAAUGGGCUGCACUCGGUAAAAUGGUCGACCCGGACUCGUUGACCAGCCCAUUCUAUGCGAUCAAUGACGCAAGCUUUUUCGGAAUCCGUGAGGUCAUCCCUCACGAAUACCCCGACUGGCGUCGUAUCUUCGCUCUUUUCCCUGAGAUUGCUGGUCCUGAAGCUGUCUUUGCUCCUGAGCAGGAUACCAUUCGUUGGAGCGUCCUUCCUCCCUGGCAGAAGUAUCGAAUUGAUGCUUUCAAAAGGCAACUGGCGUUUGAGAAGAACUGCAAGCCUGGCGAGUGGUUCGGAAACCCUUAUCGCAUGAUCGAGAUGUGCGCUGCUGGCAUUCACUACGCCAUGGCUGCGGCGUUUAUCAUCGUUGUUGAUCGGCAUGCAUUCACGACUGGACAUCCCCUGCUCGUCUAUGUCGACCACCACGGACAACUCAUCCGCUCCACUCGCUUUGAGCUCACUGAAAAGACUCUCCUCUCAAUUGCCGAUGACUGGUUUCGCGGAAACCUGACUCCUUGGAUGUGGGAGGAUAGUGAAGUCGGCGAGAUGUACGAAGUCAAAGGCGAGAUUGGUCAGGUUUUGUACCAGCUCGAUGAGACUGACCUGGCACCCCCUGACCUCAUGUGA